CCCAAAAAAAAAAAACUUUAAAAGUAAUAAAAUACAAAAAUAAUCAGAAAAGGAAAAACAACCUGUUUUAAAUUAUCAAAUAUCUACGAAAAUAAAAAAUAUUUUGGUUGUAGUAAUGGGCCUGCUAUAAAUUUUAAGGGCUGCUUUCACAAAAGUGAAUUAAAUCCGAAUAAUACAACUCAAGUAAGUAAUAAUUUUUAUCAGGGGCUGUACUUACUUUACCGUCAGGUGUACCGUAUAUUCGGCUACUUUCGAAGACGAAGAAAAAAAGAUGGCUAUUGUAAAUGCUGUACUAAAAUGGUUGUAUUUAUAUAAAUAAGUUGCAUGGCUAUAAAAUAUAUUGAAAUAGAUAACAUUACUCUUCAUUCUCUGACUGUCUUACAAUAUGUAUUUGCACACAACUUGUGCCCACGUGCUUUAAUGUUAAUAUUUUUUAUAUAUAAAAACUACAUAAUAUUAAAACUACUUUGAUGGUUUGAUCUUGCAUUCUCUAUUACUAUAUUAUUUCUCAUGUUUCAAAUACUUUAAACAAUAUCGAAUUUGAGCUAUAUCAAUUUUGAUAAAUUAUCUUCCCAUCUUUUCAUUUGCAUUCCUCAAUGCUUUUUCCAUAAUCAGGAUAUUACUUGCCAAUACCCAGCCCAUUUUUUUCAUAAUGAUGCUUAUUAAAUGAUGAUGAUGAUGGAUGCUACAGUAUUUGAGGGGUUUUCAAUUAAUAGUGAUAAUGCAAUACAUUAUCUGUGGAACGAAUAAAAUAAAUACCGGUAGGCAUAGCCUAGACAUAAUUUUAUAUAAAAAGUUAUCAAUUCUCUUUUCUUUUUUAAAAAUAUAAUUUAUUUGGUUGAGUUGUGUUGUAAUGUUUUUUAAAAAUGUAUAAAAUUACAAGCUUGUGUGGUAAUAAAAUAUCUCUGCCUGAAAAUUUUUACUACAGAGCUGGUAAAUCAAGUUUUGAGAGCAACAUUAGGGGUAGGCAGCAGCUUGGCUCUGCCCCUGGCAUUGUGGAAGCCCACGAGCCAUGGUAAUCACUCACCAUCAGGUGGGCCGUAUGUUUGUCUGCCUACAAGGGCAAUAAAAAAAGUAAUUAAAAAAACAUGCAUUCUAGUAAACUUAAUAGGAGUAGCAACAAGUAUAAAGGUGACAUGAGCGCGGAGCGAGUGCUGGACGCGCAGACGUGGCCCGCGGAGGCCGAGGCGGCCAUCGGCGACAUCCGGCGCCACGUCCGAGCCGCCAGCGUCUCCUCGCGCCUGCGCAGCCACCACCGCAUCUACAUCAACCUCACCACGCUCGAGGACCACACCUACUGCAUCGAGAUGUCGGCGGCCGGCUUCCGCGUCGUCGGCCGGAAGUACGACGACGUCAGCCUCACCGGGCACGUCAACUAUGAGACUCCCUACGCGCUGCUCAAUAACAUCAGCCAGAAAUACAAGGAGUCGUUCGGCGACGAACUGAUGACCAAACUAUUGCAUCUCGCCGGUGCCCCAGAGGGCCGAUGAGUACAUUCUGGGACGAACAACGUGGCUUGCUCUCAGAACUCUUACGAUACUCUAAAUCAGAAUCUUCGUAGAGCAUUGUGAUGACUCUGUACCUAUUGGGAAUGUUAGUGAACGGUAUCACAAUUAAUUGCUCAGGACAAUGUAUUCUUUUUGUUUUUUAGUAUUUGUGUCAGUAUUGCAGCGCGGAGAGAUGCUUGCUCCGUAGAUUUUAGGCGAGUUUAGUCUUAUUUGUAGAAGUAUUUAAAUUUAAUGUCAAACUAGAUAUUAAAUUGUAACAACUCUGCAAACUGAUAAGUUAAUAAUGCAGCGCUCGACCAGCGCUCGUGCUGUACGCGGCGCUCACGUCGAGGCCACGGUCAAGUGCACGAAAUAAAUUGAUAAUCCGUUUGUAGAGUUGAAUGUAAAGAAAAUAUAUUGUUAGUACAACCGCACCAGAUAUAUGUAGUACAAAACUUAUAAAUCGGCUUAUAACAAAUAUAAUAUGUCAUGUACUGAUAUAAUUUAUAAAAUAAACCUGUAAUAAACCUA